AUGACAAUGCAACACAUAGUACAGGAAAAUUUCUUGAUGAUUUGGGCCUAUAUAAGUGUAAAAUAUCCAUCAAACUGUGGCUACGGCAAGGCCGCUGACUUCGACGACAAUCACACCGUCGGGGCACUCCACGGAACUACUUGGCCUGUUGACAAGGCACCGGUAUACAAUGCCACCGAGAACGACGUGGAGGCCAACUCAAGUCAAGGAAAUCUCCAUGCACUCGGAAGAUUCCACGUCGAAACGAAAGCUUUGGAUUUGAGUUCCCAUCCUUUGGGAGUUUACCUCUGGUGCGUAUUCUUCUCUAUACUGGGAUUCCACCUCCAUUCAGCUGUUGUCGUUAGUAACCGACGCGCCGUUUGA